ACUCCCCCUUUUUCUCCCAGACGAGAAAAUGCUAGCGCACUCGCCGAAAGUGGCAUGUGGUGGGCUGCCUGCCCAGCUGCCGUAGUCCGGUGCGCUCCAUUCCACUCCAUUCCAUUCCGUUCCACCAAGCAACCAAAGCCGAAGCCGAUGCUGACCUGCUUGGAUUGGGCGAGCUGAUUCCCGCUCCAAGAAAGAAAGCAGUCUCCCGCCGAUUCCUUUCUUCCUCGCCGAAAGGAGGACGGGCGACAGCGAGGGCCGCCGCCUGUUCACAUGGCCGCCGAGACCUGGUAGAAGAUGCUGUGAGGAGCGGUUCUGUUUCUGUUUUUUUCUUGUGCGGGUGCGAGAGCAAAGAGACUCGCUGGAGAGGGGGAAAGCGCACGGCUGCUGAAGCUUCUCUCCGGCCGUGAUCUGUGAGUCAUCAAGUGAUCCAAGAGGUAUACAAAACAACAGAAGAGACAGUAAAGAAAGGAUUGAUCUGAAAUGGGGAAACGGAGCAACAGGCCGUCUACGAGACAAGAUGAUACCAAUGUGGGGUGCGUCUGGGGCCUAAUGCGCAUGGUCUAUUUCCGCCGUGACCCCAGAUUCUUGAUGGAAGCGAAGCAGGCCAACGGGAGGCAUAAGCUCCGCGAGAUCACGGACAGAGGGCACGCAAUGAAGAUGCCUAGUAAUUUCGAGGAAAUAGAUGAAGACGAUAAAAUAGAAGAUGUCACUUCACGGAAAUCAACCGUAAAAAAACUUAUGGAGGAGGAAUUGGGACAUGCGAAUCUUUUGAGGACAGUUCCAAACAAUGAGGUUCAGAGAAGAUUAGCUGACCGGGCAAACGAUCUAUCUCUAGAUGGAAACUCAGAGCAUACAAAUAACACAACAGGAACCUUAAAUCAUGACACACACAUCUUGGCGUCCAAGUUUUCUGGAUCAGUGGAUUCUGAGGGUUCCAAGAGCUUGAACCACACUGAAUAUGAUCUCGAAUCUGCCCUGGCGAGCUUCUUAGGUGAGAUUUAUAGGUGCCAUAAUGAAUGUCCACAUGGUGACUGCAAGAGUAACAAUGAAUUGUGUCCUUCAUUGAAGUCCCUAAUCCAUAAGAGGCUCAAUGAUUUAAGUAGUUCUAAUUGCAAUAUUGAUCAUGAGCAAUCACAAGAGAGCAAGGGAGAAAAGCUACUGGAGGAUAAUGACAUUUCUAGCAGUAGAGCAGUCCAAUCCAAAGAAUUCAAGGAUGCAUUGGAGAUAAUGGGUUCAAACAAGGAACUUUUCCUGAAGCUGCUUCAGAAGCCAAAUUCACAUAUGCUGGAAAAUAUCAGAAACCACCAAAACAGUAGAUUGACAACCAAGUUAGAGCCCAAUAAAAUUCUUGGAGAAACUAAUUGCCUGGAAGAGAAAAGAGGCUCAAAUAAUCAUGACUUGUCUGCACAGCCACAUGCUAAGGAGAGCAAACAUAUGUUCUUCUGGAGGAAGGAUUGGUCAAAAAGAAAGCAGAUGUUGCCAGAAGGAACCAACAGAUCACAGCCUGUUAGCAAAAUAGUUAUUCUAAAGCCAAAUCCAGGAAAAGGGAUUGAUCAGACACUCACAACCAGUGCAAGGUAUUUAAAUCAGCAACCUAGUACGUCUCAAACUCCAGAGUACAGUGGGAGAGAGAGUUCAAAAUUUUCAAUCAAGGAAGUCAGGAGGAGAUUCAGAAUUGUGACUGGCGAGAGAAGAGAAAGAAAUGCGGUACCUGUCGAUGACCUUCAAAGAGUUUCACGAUGGCAUUCCAUGAUUGCAACUAAGAAGGAUUCUGGUAAUCACACCCAAGGGAACUUGGCAGACAAAUCUGCAUCAAAUUUUAAGAACGACAUCGUCAGGCCUUCAACCAGCAGCAAGCAAAAGCAACAAAAUGGCAGUGAGACUCAAGUCAGUGAUCAUAUAGUAGCAUCACAAGAUACUUCUAUUUUCUACAAGGAGGCCAAGAAGCAUUUAACGGAUAUGCUAAAGGAUAAUGAUAUGUCCAGCAACUAUCCAUCAGCCCAGGUCUCAAAAUCCUUGGAAGGAAUGCUUUUGCUCCCCCACUGCGAUGUGUCAUCUCCUAGGAGUAGACCUAGUGGAGAAUGCCACAUUGAUCUCACACUUGAAGAGACAGAUGCUUGCCUUGUACCCAUUGUUGAUGGAGAAGAAUCCACACAAGAGAUGAGCCAAUCAUUGGAUGACUCAGGGAGCAGCACUGCACAGUGUACUAGUGCAGGUGAUGAUCAGGUGGCUGUUCAGGACAAAUGUAGCAUGGAAGAAGAACCACGAGAAGGACAAAUAGAUGGUACUGAUGUGGUAGACACCUUAACUGUUGGAGGAAUUGACAAAAUGGACUGUUCUGAAACAAUGUGCAACGCACAACUCAUCCCAGCAGAACAAUACAGAGGCAACCCACAGCCAGAUAUAUUAGAGGAAGCAGAACAAGGAAAAGAACCUGCUCACAUGUUGUUGAGCUAUCCUGAGAGCAUUGUUGAAUUGGAGCAGCAAGAACCAGAAACACCCGAACCAAGAGCAUCAACCAAAUUUAUAUCAGAUUGUUCCCCGGAGCUAAGCCAUGACAAGCAAGAACAGCCCAGUCCAAUAUCUGUUCUCGAUUCAUUCUAUGAAGAUGUUGCUGAUAUUGAAUGCGAAACCAUUAAACAAUGUGAUCUGUGUGAAGAUUUGCGUGGAGCCCUGUACUUCCCAGAUAAUGAAUCAGAUUUAAAGGUCUUUUGGGAGGACAAGAAUGUCCGGUUAGAUUACAUAAAGUUGGUUUUGGAGCUCUCAGAAUUAUGUGAUGAAGAGAAUUUAGAGGUAUGGUAUCUAGAGGACGAAUUAAUCAGCCCUUGCAUGUUGGAAGAAUUACCGAAUGAAGGUGGUCAAAUAGAUGAUCUGAAGAUUCUGUUUGACUGUAUCUGUGAAGCUCUGACAGAGAUCCAAGAUAGAUAUUUUAGGUUGUCGUUUCUCAAACACGACAUAAGGGCACCUCCAAUGGGAGAAAACCUCAUCUCAGAAGUUGAGAAAUAUGUUGAGAAUGGUCUCCGGCAUAGUUUUCCAAGUACAUUAGAUCACACGAUUAAAAUGGAUUUGGAGGUUCGGACAUGGAUGGACAUUCGAUCGAAAACUGAAGGAAUUGUUGUGGAGAUAUGGGAGUUUGUAUUAGAUGAGUUAAUUGACGAGGCUGUUUUUGACUUGUGGAUUUGAACAUCUGAUCAGAUCCCUUGUCAACGGUGCUCUGCGAUGAGUAUAUACAUUAGGUAUAACUGUAGAGGUUUUUGUGCUGACAAUAACACAUUUUACACGGCAGAAUAACAUGGGCUGUUUUGUUUGGCCUAUGCAAGUAUCAUGUGAUUGUGAAUUUUGACGAUGUUUUGCUCGUCGAAGUUCUAACUGCAGAGGAACUUUUUCUGGUCCAUGACAGCUAAAGUUUCAACCUGCAAAUCUCCCAGCUGUGCAGUUUGCCUGGAUGAAGUUUGGACAACCUGUCACAGCCAUGCCUCUUGGACAGCUAAAAUGCACAGCAGUCUGCAGGCCUUGCAAUUUUUUUAAUUUUUUUCCAUUGUGAUCAGAGGUGAUCACACAUGAUGUAUAAUUUUUCUGUAUUUGUGUGUACAUGUGUAGAAGUUUUUCAAGAAUAACACAGUGUAAAAGUUACCAUAUAUGACAGAUCGAAUGCCACUACAUCUUCUUUAUGAGA